CGUUCGCAGACGGACGUGUUCAUGUCGCGAUCGCUGCAGCGUACGACUGUACCGUGUAUUUUUCAAAACAAUUUUGGAUAGACUUAAAUAAAUCGUAUAGUAUUUUGAACUCUCUGUGAAUGUUUUGUGUAGUAUAGUUGAAGUGAACUUAUAAUGUUGGAAUCAUGAGUUCGAGAUGAAUCUAUUUCCUUGCUGUUAUGAGACGAUGGCGAGGCGAAAAAAUGAGAAACCGAAUAAAAACGUAACAUAAUACACGUAACAAAAAUGAUAACAUGAAUUAUGUUACAAAUUCAGUCCGAUGCGAAAGCGACUGAGUGCGGAACGAGCAUGCGCUGUCGGUGCGAUGGCGAAAACGAAUCGAGUCGCCGAAACCCCGCCCGAAGAUUAGUCAUAUUCAAUUUGUACACAAUACUUGUUGUUACAUUUUUAUCGUUCAACACUGUUAAUUCUAACACUACUAACAUGAAUAAAAACGGGAAACAAGACGAGGACAACUACGAAGAUCGGGAGACCGAGCGCGAAAUCGAUUAUGCGAAAGCGAAUUUCGGUCACGCGUUCAGCGGGGAUUUUAUGCAGAAAUUUUAUAACAAUGAUAACAACGCGUAUAGUAAUUAUGAAGAUUAUAAGAAAUUUUAUUUGAAUCCUUCAAACCCACUGCCUAGGUCGAAUGCUAAGUUUAAAAUAAGCAGUAGGAUAGUUCAAACUAAGUACGGGAAGUUACAGGGCAUCGUGUUGGGGAUGGAUGAGCACAGAUAUCUUAGUCCUUUGGAAGUUUUUUUGGGGGUUCCGUAUGCUACACCGCCUGUUGGAUCUAAUAGAUUCAGCCCAACACGGACCCCCUCUCCAUGGGACGGAGUGAGAGUGUCGGACCGACCGGGACCCGCGUGCCCCCAAAAACUGCCGGACCUGGAUGACGAGAGGAACUUGUUAGAGAAGAUGCCCCGAGGGAGACUAGAGUAUAUAAAAAGACUGAUGCCUUACCUUAAGAAUCAAAGCGAAGAUUGUUUGUAUUUGAACAUAUUUGCUCCUUUACAAAUGGACGAAAUAAAGUUGGCACUACCGGUGCUCGUUUACAUACACGGUGAGACGUAUUCUACCAGCUGCAGUCACCCUUAUGACGGAGCCGUGCUGGCGAGCUACACAGACCUGAUCGUCGUGACGCUCAACUUCAGACUUGGGGUUUUGGGUUUCCUAAAUGCCAACCCAUCCCCGCAGCUGAAAGCUCGAGUUGCUAACUACGGCCUAAUGGAUCAAAUCGCAGCAUUACAUUGGGUUCAGCAGAAUAUUGCUCUAUUUGGAGGAGAUCCUACUAACAUUACUCUGAUGGGUCACGGAUCUGGCGCGGCAUGUAUAAAUUUUCUUAUGAUAUCUCCUACCGUUAUGCCAGGUCUAUUUCAUCGGGCUAUUUUAUUAUCAGGAUCAGCGCUUAGUUCCUGGGCUAUAGUGGAUGAUCCAGUUUACUAUUCAUUAAAAUUAGCUAAGCAGAUGAAUUGCACAAUACCAGAAGACUUAACAAAAGAUCAUGAAAUAAUUGUAGAUUGUUUAAGAGAAGCUCCUAUAGGAGAUUUGAUAUCAGCAGACAGCUCGCCGCCAAAUUUUCUAACAGCAUUUGGACCUUCAGUCGAUGGAGUAGUUAUCAAAACAGAUUUCGGUAAAGAUUUCCUGACGAUGUACUCAACAGGAGAUUUUCCAAGUUUCGGUCCACUUAACAACAUGAAUUUAAAUUUGAAUAUACAUAAAAGAAGUGACAGCGGGAGAAGACUGUUUCAAAAUAAAUAUGAUUUGCUAUUUGGUGUUGUGACUAGUGAAGCCCUCUGGAAGUUCUCGGCCAUGGACGUUCAGAACGGAAUCGAGCCUGAAAGAGAUCGGAUGUUGAGAACUUACGUGAGAAAUUCCUACACGUACCAUUUGAGUGAGAUUUUCUACACGAUCGUGAACGAGUACACCGAUUGGGAAAAAACGAAUCCAAUAAACACUAGGGAUGCGACUGUAGCAGCACUCUCUGACGCACAAUACGUAGCGCCGUUGGUACAGAGCGGAGACUUAUUAAGCGGGGGUCCCAAACCAGCACCAAACGAUGAAGACGAACCAAGGAGGCCAACGAAAACUUUUUUCUACGUCUUCGAUUAUCAGACGAAAGAUGGAUUUUAUCCUCAGAGAACAGGCGCUGUACAUGGAGAGGAACUACCUUACAUCUUCGGAGCUCCUUUGGUUGAUGGAUUUGCCCACUUUCCCCAAAAUUACACCAAAUCAGAGGUGGCGUUGUCAGAAUCAAUCAUGAUGUUCAUCUCUAGCUUUGCCAGGACGGGGGAUCCGAACGAUAGUGGCCGGCAGGAGGCCCUUCUCCCGGCCUCGAGGGAACGGAACAAAUUCCGAGGCAUUAAUUGGGAGGUAUACGACUCCACUCAUCAGAAGUAUUUGGAAAUAGGUAUGAAGUCUCGUCUCAAGAACCAUUACCGAGCUCAUCAGUUAUCAGUCUGGCUACGCCUGGUGCCUGAGCUUCACCGAGCUGGCAUGGAAGACGUUGCUGCAAGACACAACCUCUUUAGAAACCACAACGAACAAGAUCUGUAUGAAGGCAUCGUAAGACCAGAUCCAUUAUCCAGGAAUAUCAAUGACAAUGACCAAAUCCGAAGAACAAAUGGUUCAAGUUACUCAGAGACAGCGCUGACGACAGUGGAUAGUAUUCUAGCGACUUGUGCGACAGUGAUGCCUAGUGGAAGAGACUUACAACUUUUAAACAAUUCAGAUAACAGCUACGCGAAUUUGGAAGCAGCUGGUUACGCGGCUUAUUCCACUGCAUUGAGCGUUACCAUAGCAAUUGGUUGCUCUCUGCUUAUUUUAAAUGUAUUGAUAUUUGCUGGCGUAUACUAUCAAAGAGAUAAAUCAAGAUCUCGAGGAAAGAAUAGAUUUAAUGAAAAGCAUUUCGAAACAAUAUCAGGCAAGCCUUCUCACUACCAUAUGGACCCAACUCACGCACCCAGUUUGGUGGUCGACGUGGAAAGACAAAGUAGGAAGAAACACAUGAUAAACACGGAUGCCCAUUUAGCCAAUUUGAAUUUCAAAGGCCCUUUAGACGUGCCGAAAUCUCCUCCGAGUCCAACGUUAAGUAUGGACAACAUGAUGCUUCCUAGUAAACUGGGCAGUAGGAGUAACAGUUUUCGGAUUCCAAAUGUGAGCUACCCACAAGUAGCAAACUAUGCAACGAUGCCCAAGAACGUAGCGCAUUUUAACAAUUCACCUCCACUGCAAGAGUUGAGGCAGCAAAAAUUCCAGCCACCGAAUGGCUCGACGGCGCAAAAUUCGCCGGGCAGGGACGACGGUAGAAGCGCUCCCCAUGCAACGUUACGUCGGGGAAAAACCACCCUUCACUCAAAUCUGCCGCAAGCCGCAAUUGAUGAAAUGAGAGUGUGACAGAUAAUUUACUAUUGAACAUUACAGGAAUAAUUUGGAUGUAUGAGUGUAAAUAUAUUGUAUGAAGUUCUUUUUUAGAGCGAGAAAAUGUUAACGAUUUUCAAAAACUGGAUAUAUGAUUAUCGAAUAAAACAUCAUCUAUGAAA